AUGUGCUACUCAGGGACUGGCAAGACUCGGAGUGUUUGGGAGUGGAAAGAAGUACAAGAGCAGUCGCAAGGGGGAAGAUUAAUGAAAUGGUUUUUGAUAAAAAGGUUUUCGUGGGAGCAACUGGUUACGGAGAAUAAUCCAGUAAUUAGUAUAUACGCAUUGCGGCGGACUAGGGUGUUGGCUUUAGACCCAAAAGAUGAGGAUAUCUUACAUGUAGCUCUGGAUGGAGAUAUUGUAGCAUGCGACUUCCGUACACGAACUUCGUUCAAGAGACGUAGAGGGAGGCCCAAAAAUGAUUGGAGUCGUUAUGACGCGGAAGCCUACUCAUUUUCACGCCCAUCUUGGCCGACAACAGUUCCUAAACCGUUUCCUCGUGAUGAUGAUGUAUUGGUUGAAAGAUGCACUGAUAUGAAUGUGAUGUUAUUCUUUUCCAAAACCGAUAAUCCAAUAAGCAGAAUCUAUCCGAUUUGGGAAUCUUUCAUCAUGGCUGCGCUUCCGAGCGGGUGCAAAUCACGCAGUUUAUCUCUCAGUUUCCUUCCUUGUUUUGAUCAAACCAGACAAAUCGAGUCAUUUGUGUUGGGGACAUAUAAUGACUUAAUCUUGUGCUGCGUAGAGGAUGGAUUUGCACGUGAUUACUCCAUCUGCAAUCCAUACACCAACCAAUGGAUUGCUCUUCCUCCCACCCCUCGUGUUCAUCUGGAAUCAGUACUAACGGGAUUCACGUGCGACCAUCACUACUAUAACCACGAGGAAAUGAUGGAUGAUCGGACAAGUACUUCCAACAAGAAGCUUGAGUAUAGGUACAGGGUGGUGCGAAUUCCUGCACCUGUAGUUGAGCAUAAUUUCUUGGAAUUCACGGUGGAAAUCUUCUCUUCUGAGACUGGAGAAUGGAGAGAGUCAGUUAUAUCGAGCUCCCGAGGAUUUAGUUUUACUUGUCACUCUGGUACUCCAGGCGUUGCUUACAAUGGAAUGGUGUGCUGGUUGGUUUUUGGUGGCCUUCUUAUUGGGGUGGAUCCGUUCAACAACAUAAACAACAGUAUUUCGACAGGUGCUAAUAUUACUGGUGACAUUGUCGUCAACAACGAAUUAUGUCGUUUCGUUCAAUUCCAUAAGCCCGAAUACAACAUUGAACGUGUUGAGUGCCUAGGUCUGUGUCGAGGGCGUCUGCGGAUGUGCCAUUUUGAUCUGGACGAUCCCCGCAGAAGUGGCAUUGUGUGUGUUUGGGAGUUGAAAGAAGUCGAAGAAGAAGAUGAUCAGCAGGCGGAUGGAAUUGCAAGCAGAUUGAUGAAAUGGUAUUUGAUAAAAAGGGUUGACCUGAAGGAAUUAGUUGCUGAAAAUCCACAAAUUGAUGAAUGUUGGGCAGAGGGGACGAUAGGAUGGUGCUUUGCCAAGGUGCGGGCUUUUGACACAAACGAUGAGGAUAUUUUGUAUCUAGAUUUGGGUGGAGAUAUUGUGACAUUCAACUUGCGGAAAAGAACUGCAUUUGUUCGAGGGAGAAUCAGUCCAAGAGAUACCAUGUCUUUUAAUGAGUUGACGAAGGCCUUCCCACUUUCGCUCCCACGUUGGCCUACACCACUUCUUAAUUAA